UCUCUCCCAUGUUAGACUGCUCAUCCGUCUCUUGCCAUUUUCUUUCGCUCUUUCUCACUCUCACUCCGUCCCUCAUCUCCAGGAGUUCGUCACUAGAACUGCCAGACGCUCGGCCUUUCCUCGUCCCUUCGAUCUCCUUGGCCUCAGGCACAAGCACCCUGUUAUUGAGGGGCGUGACCUCCCCCUAAAAGGUGGCCAUGGAGGCUCAGCAGCAGAAGUCCGGGAAGCCCUGGAGUGGCACAAACCGCAUCCCCAACAUCAAGGAGUUUGUUGCGCAUCUUGACAAGGACAAGUCGGAAAGAGACAAGGCUAUCGAUGCACAGAAGCCUGCCGGAGAGGCCCAACAGUACUCUGCUGAAAUUACUCCGCACAAGAAUGAAAAACAGCAGAAAGGCGGUAAGACUGUCACAGAUCCAGUCACCGGAAACCAGGUGGUCAUCGCAGAUGUGGGCAAGGAGUACAUGGAGAGGGCCGACAAUCCCAAGCUUUCGGUGCCAAAUGCAAACCUGGGCCGACCUACCACAGUUGCAACGGAUCCUUCCCAGAAGAAUCCCGAGUACAAGCAGAAGCAGGACAUCACUGCCCCUCCAGACCCAGUCGCUGAAGGCAGCACUUCUGACGUCCCCAUUCAUGGAGAAAAGACCAAUAUUUUGUUCCACCCAACUCCCUCAGUCAGUUAUGAGCCGAUGUUCGAGCUUCUUGAGAACCGGGCUGGUGGGCUGUGUAUCGCCAUCCUCAUCUCCAUUGUCGUCUUUGGGAAGAUGUUUGGUGGCUCUCUCAAGGGACUCAUUCCACUGGGCAUGUGCGUCUCCUCCGCCGUCUGGUUGUGGAUGAAAGAGGUUGUACGAAGUGGCCGUGAGGUGGAAUGGAGCAGUGAACAGAGCAGAGGGGAGACGGCUAUGGCCAACCUCCUCCCUGAAUCAGUCGAGUGGAUGAACACCUUCCUGGGCGUCGUUUGGGGCUUGAUCAACCCGGAUAUGUUUGCGGCCGUGGCAGACACCCUGGAAGAUGUCAUGCAAGCCUCCGUUCCUGGUGUCAUCAACAAUGUUAGAGUGGCUGAAAUCGACCAAGGAAGCAACCCUAUCCGUAUCCUCAGUUUGCGGGCAUUACCUGACUCAAAAAUGUCCGAGCUCAAGCAGAGCAUUCAUGAAGAGAAUAAAAAGACCAAAGAUCCACAAGAAGCAGCAGCCGACGAAGAAGGCGGUGACUAUUACAACCUCGAGAUUGCUUUUGCAUACCACGCCAAACCCGCCGGUGAUCGUGCCUCUGCGGCUUCAAGAGCAAGGAACAUGCACAUGAACCUUGUUUUCUAUCUCGGCAUCAAGGGGCUCAUUGGUGUUCCCCUACCCAUCUUUGUCGAACUUCAAGAGCUUGUCGGAACCGUGCGCCUGCGAUUGCAGAUGACUCCCGAACCACCUUUUGCAAAGAGUCUUACCUUCACUCUGAUGGGCGUGCCUCAUGUCCAAGCAGGCUGCAUUCCAAUGGUUCAGAAAGGGGUUAAUAUCCUCAAUCUGCCAUUGAUUUCAAACUUCGUCAACUACGCGAUCGGCGCAGCGGCAAGCAUGUAUGUGGCCCCAAAGUCGAUGCAGCUCGACCUGAAGUCCAUGCUGCAAGGAGACGAUAUCACCAAAGAUACACAGGCCAUGGGAGUCAUGUGGAUUCGGAUCCAUCGCGCCAUUGGCCUCAGUAAGCAAGAUCGUCGUGGUAGCAAAUAUGGUGGGAGUGACCCCUACAUCAACCUUUCCUUCUCCAAAUACGGAAAGCCAAUGUACUGCACUCGUGUCAUCACAGACGACCUCAAUCCGGUUUGGGAAGAAACUGCCGCUCUUCUUGUCACACCUGAGCUCAUCAAGGCCGAUGAACAACUGAGCGUCGAGUUGUGGGACUCUGACCGAAACUCUGCAGACGACAUGGUAGGCAAAGUUGAGUUGUCAAUGCAGAAAAUGAUCCAACAUCCGGGCAAAAUGUACCCCCAGAUCUCAAAACUUGCUGGCACUCACCAGGGAAGCGAGAUGCCCGGUGAGCUGCAUUGGGAAGUAGGCUACUUUGGCAAGCCUAAGUUCCGACCUGCCCUUCGUACCGAUGGCAAAGACAAGAACCUACCAGAUGCACUCAAGAACGAUGAGAAGCUCCAGGAUGAGAAGGGUGUCAUUGACUCUGAAGACGCAGAUGCCGUGGCACAUACUCCCCCAGACCCGUUGUGGCCUAGUGGCGUCUGUAGUGUCAUCAUUCACCAGAUUGUCAGUCUCGAACUCGAGAAUAUCAAAGGAAGUGACGGCAAUCGGAAGGGCAAAGAGUUCGAGCCGGCUAAGCCUUACGGUGAGGGUACCGACGAAGAGUCCAUUAAACUCCCGACCUCUUAUUGUACCGUCCUGUUCAAUGACUCACUGGUGUACCGCACUCGAGCAAAGGCUGUCAGCAGCAAACCCAUCUUCAACGCCGGCACGGAGCGCUUUAUGCGAGACUGGCGGUCUGGUAUAGUCACAAUUACCGUUCGUGAUCAGCGUAACAGAGAGCACGACCCUAUUCUGGGUGUUGUUCCCCUUCGCUUGUCAGAAAUACUCACCACCAGUUCUCAAGUGACCAGAUGGUACCCUCUUGACGGUGGCAUUGGGUUUGGCCGGAUCAGGAUUUCGCUGCUCUUCAGAAGUGUGGAGACUCGGCUCCCUCCCAACAUGCUGGGCUGGGAUGUGGGCACUUUCGAAUUCAUUUCUGACAGAAUCGUGGCCACGGGUUGGAAGUCAAAUUCGAAGCUCAAACUCCGCACAGGAGGCAGCGUUGGCAAAAUUCCCCGGACGCAAUGCCACAGCAGCGAGGGCGGCGAUGGUAUGUACUUCGACGUCUCCAGCGAGAACAACAACCAUGUCCGUCUUCCUGUCAAGUAUCGGUACCGAUCUCCAGUGAUUUUUGAGUUCCAUGUGGCUGGUAAACGUGGAGCGGCAGCAUAUGCUUGCAUCUGGCUUCAAAACUUGGUCGACAACGAAGAGACAGCAAUCGACAUUCCUAUUUGGACGACCAAGAAUAGCAAUCGACUCGUGCAAAAUUACAUGACCGAAGAGAACGUCAAGGCGUUCAUGGACAAAGGUUUGGAAGAUUUGAAGGAGGUUGGCCGGCUUCAGUUCCGAGGUCGCUUUAAGGCCGGCAUGGAUGAGUCACACCGAGACUUCAUUGUGGACAACAAUAGUCGGGAGACGUAUGAGACGUUCGAGGCAUGCUUGACCGAGGGCGUGCGUGAGCGAGUCGUCCAAGGCGAGGUGCCAGAAAAUAUCCAGGAAUUGCACGAGGCGUCUCUGAAAGAGGGCCGUGACAUCCUCAGCCAAGAGGCGUCGGAGAAAGAGAAGCGUAAGUGGCUCAGCAAGACCGGCGAGGACUGGUCUGGGGCAUUCAGUCAUGAUCCGAGGGCAUACACCAACAAAAAGUGGGAAAAGAUUGCCGAGCCCGGUACUGACGAGCCUCCUCAUGAUCCAUAUAACCCCUCAGAUGACGACGACGACGACGCCGAGCCUAUUGAUGAUGACUCGUCAGAUCUGGGCAUCACUGAUGCCACCAAUGUUCCGGAAGGGGCAUUCGGGAAGGAUCCCAAGGAGGUCGAUGGUCUAAAUGGUCAUGCUGAGGAUGCGAAUGGGCGGCCCAGUGCUGAUACCACGGCGACAGGCGAGACCGGCUACACGACCAUGACUGAGGGAUCGACAAACUCAGUGCAGCCCGUGCAAAAGAGAGAUAGCAACUUCGAGAAGAAGGCCGGAAAAAGAGCGGAAGAGCGUAAGCAUCGGGGGUUGUCGCAAUGGACCCCGGCGAGGAACGUCAAGUUCGCUAAAGAUGAAGCAAAGAUUGGAAUGAGUAAAAUUAAGAAGCGAUUCACAGGGGGACUUGGUGGCAGAGAGCCUGGCGUCGAGACCGAGGCUUGAACAAGAUGCAGGACGCUGAGAAAGUUCGUUUCUCAACCUUUGUUCGCGUACAUGGGUUUCUCAAGAAGAAAAAGGAAAGGGUGUCGUGCGAUGAUAAAGUCGGAGAGAGUCCUUCGACAUAACGACACUCUCGUAAGUGUCAAGAUAACAGGAGUUUGGAAGAAUUCAACUUUGAUUUGUACUCAUAUUGAGGGUUUCUAGGGUGUAUCAGAGGUGUUUGGGGGACAUUGGCACCAGGGCCACAACGGAACUGCCGAUAUCCGAGAUGAUGAACGGAGAUGGGCCAGGCGGUUGUAGUUGCUCGCAUGCAAGCGAUGGACGGGAUACGCACAAUCCCAAAGCACUCAGGGACUGUUGUGUCUUGAGCCGGGGGGUAUCUCUGGUUGUAGCCAUGUCACC